UGUACAAUAAUAUAUAGUUUCAUUUUUUCUAGGUUUCGGUACUCAUGAGGGUCUAUAGUAAAAUAUGAAGUCCCCAUCUGGCCGCGUAAAAACUAGAUAACAAUUAGAGUGAGUGGUUGACAUAACAAAAAAAAUAAUGAUUGUAGCCGCGUAGAGAUGAAAAUAAAUAAAACUAAAUUAAGACAGUGAAGCAAUAAAUGUUUUAUUGGGUGUCUUGAAGAGUAGUCUUCUUUAAAUAUUCCAAGCAAAGGACGAAAACAAAAAAAAAGAUUCUAUCAUUAUCAAGAAAAAAACAUAUUUUCUGAAUUCGAAGAAGAAGAAAGGAGAUGACUAUGGGAAAUUUCUUAAAGAGAUUUGGAAGUGGAAAAAGCAAAAGCAGUCGGAGUAUGAGUAUAGGAACGGCGUCGUCUCAAUCUAAUGAACCAUCACCGUCGGAUGCUUCAAGUUCAAUCUCCACUGCCGACGACAAGACCAACGCCGCCAAGAAGAAGUACGCUCUCAUCCCUGAUCGCUUCUCUUCCCUCGACCAGGUAUCAAAAGCUCUAAGAGAAGCUGGUCUUGAAUCAUCCAAUCUCAUUCUGGGAGUUGAUUUCACUAAGAGCAACGAGUGGACUGGGAAAACUUCUUUUGAUGGAAAGUGUCUGCACGCGCUCGGGGAAACACCAAAUCCAUACGAAAAGGCCACCUUUGUAAUCGGCCAAACGUUGGCUCCUUUCGACGAAGACAAUCUCAUCCCUUGUUUCGGCUUUGGCGAUUCAACAACUCACGACGAGGAAGUGUUCGGUUUCCAUAGCGACAAUUCUCCAUGUCAUGGCUUCGAAGAAGUCUUAGCAUGUUACAGGAGAAUUGCACCCGUCUUGCGUCUUUCAGGGCCAACGUCGUAUGGACCGCUCAUUGAUGCUGCCGUUGACAUUGUGGAGAAGAACGGUGGACAGUUCCAUGUUCUUGUGAUCGUCGCGGAUGGACAGGUAACGAGAGGUACCGAUAUGGCCGAGGGAGAACUCAGUCAACAAGAGAAAACAACCAUCGACGCUAUUGUAAAUGCAAGCUCGUAUGCUUUAUCGAUUGUUUUAGUCGGUGUUGGAGACGGACCAUGGGAAGACAUGAGGAAGUUCGAUGAUAAGAUCCCUAAGCGUGAAUUCGACAACUUUCAGUUUGUGAAUUUCACAGAGAUCAUGAUGAGAAACUCACCAGAGUCUUCCAAAGAAACUGCCUUUGCUCUUGCUGCCCUAAUGGAGAUUCCCUUUCAGUAUCAAGCAGCCAUCGAACUCCGCUUACUCGGGAACCCGACGGGCACAGCUAAGACAGUAGUUCCGAGACCACCACCAAUUCCGUACACGCCUCUAACUAAUGCUGAACUACCAUCAACUGCAUCACCUGCAUCACCUGAACAAACCCAGAAUUGCCCGAUUUGUCUGACUAAUCGAAAAGACGUGGCUUUCAGCUGCGGCCACAUGACUUGUGGAGAUUGCGGAUCCAAAAUAUCGAGUUGUCCCAUCUGCCGAGUACGGAUCACUAGCCGGCUACGGCUUUACACAUGAUUAAUGCCCACAAACUGUCUUCCUGGGCACGGUGUUAGACGUGAUAAACGCCGACAAGCUUUAUUUAUGCACAUAAGAAACGGUUGCACAUACUGUCCUUCCCCUUUGUAGAAUCUACAGUUUGGUUUGCCAACUGUCUCUGACAAUGUUCCACAAUCAGCAUGUACAAUGCAAUUUCGUAUGUACUGUAAAACAAUAACCUUACAAGUAAGAAUGAAGAAGCAAUGUACAAAAUAUGGGUUUUACACAGUUUUAUUCAUCAUAGCAAAAUGUUUUGUAGUAA